UCUCGAAGGUACAACCCUCCUCUGCACGGAUUUAGGUGUAUCUAGAUUGUUUUGAGAGAUGAGCUGAAUGCUCUGCUAGCUUAGCUCCUAAUGUCUAAGUUGUUACUGGAACAUAUAUUCACCACAAUGCCGAAGUUAGAGGACGGGAACAGACCGGACUUAAGGUCCAGUUGUUGAAUGCGUUAACUGGCACCUUUCACCAUUCAGGCAACUGUUAUAACAGGAUGCCAGAGAUGACUGAAACUCAGACACCUGGUCGAAAACCCAAAAAGAAGAAAAACAAAGAAUCUCAUAAUGCAGUUGAGAGACACAGAAAGGAGAAAAUUAAUGCGGGGAUUAAUCGCAUUGGAAAUCUUCUGCCGUGUUCUCAGGCACUUAAACAGAGUAAGAACAUGAUAUUGGACCAAGCUUUUCGCUACAUUACUGAGCUGAAGAAACAAAAUGAUACACUGCUUCUGGACGGUGGUGAUAAAGUCCAAGCUGAGGAGAUCCGGAGACUGCGGCGUCAGUUGGAUGAACUGAGAAAGGAGAGCGCUCACUACAUUGAGCUCCUCAAAGCUCAUGAUAUUAGCCUUUUAGAGGACCCAACUAUUCACUGGAAGGGAAAGCACCGCUGUGCCAAAGUGGCAAAAGUGACUCCUACCCAUCAGCUCCCAAAGAGAAUUGUUGUUUAUUCCAAUGGCAAUGUGAUCGGCCCUUCAGAGAAUCAGGCAAGCCCGGGAAAGAACUCCUCUGAAGCAGUUCAGCCACCAUCUGAUACCAGAUUGCAAGUUAAUGGAGCUCUACUGCAAGUCAGUACUACUUCUACCACCCCUGCACUGCUCCCAGGCUCAACCACGACACCCUCUCCUUCAAAAUCAGGUUUGAGGAUGUUGGAGCAGUGUGUGGUUGAAACACCUGCUGUAGGCCCUUCUUUGGCGCCGUCUGUGUCUUACAUAACCCUCCAGAUCCCUGCAGCCACCACAUCCCUGCUCCAGCAGGCGCAGCCCGAUCCCCCGCCUCAGAGCAUUCCCUUAGUAGCUAAUUCAGCCUCACCACAUACCACUGAAAGCACUGCGCAGUCUGUGUCCACACGCACUACAUCUACCCAGACCAUAACCUCUGCAUCAUCGGGGGGUUCCUCUUUGGGGACACAGGACACUGCCAUCAGAACUGUAAGCUACACUGCAGUUCCUGCCAAUCAAACUGUUCUUAGGGCUGGAGCUGCAGGCAGCACACAGACGACCUGGACAACAUUGCAGAUGGCAGGAAACACAGUGCAACCAGUCUGCCAAAGUUUGUCUAUGCCAGAGGUUAGCAGUACCACCCAGACGGUCCAACAGGUUGCAGUAUGUUCUGUGGGCAGCAGACCCUCUGUUAAUCCUGUUCAAAUACAGCUGCAGCCACAGGCGCCUGUACAGCAGGCACCUAUCACAACUCAUAUCCCAGCUAAUCCAUUCAAAAGUACCCCUCAGCUACAAGCUGCAGUUCUAAACCGGACACAGCCUCAAUGUGCGGUUGUACCCCAGUCAGCCAUAGUGCCGCAACCAGCUGUGAUCACUCAGCCUCAGCCUGCGGUUCUGCAGCCAGCAUCAUUGGUUCCUCAUCCUCCAACAGCCCUUAUUCCACAGCCUCAGCAAACCCUGGUUCCUCAGCAUCAAGCUGCUGUGCUACCCCUUCUGCAGACCAUGCAGGUUCUGCAGGUCAACCCAGCCGGUGCUACCGCUGCAGCGCCAGGUGUAACCGCACCUCAGAGCACGAACAAUCCAAGUGUUGUCAUCCUGCAGCAGGCCAGUGCCUGCUCCACCCAGCAGGUUGUGAGAGAGGACAUUUCGAAUCAAACGCCUUGUCAGCAUAUAGUGAUCAUCCAAGCCCCCAGUCAGGCUGUGCCUGCUCCUCAGAGCUCCCAGCUGAACAUUGGCCCUCCCUCUCUCCCUGCUGUUUCCACUCAAACGCCAACCACAACCAGUUCAGUGACUGUCCCUCCUUUACAAAGUGUUGGGGGAAAGCAGCUCGUGCAUAUCCUGCCUCGUCCCACCCAGCCAGAGGUGAGCCAUCCUCUGCAGGUCAGCCAGGGAUGCUCCUCUUCACCAGUCUCCACAGCCCCACAAACAAUCACUGUGAAUGGCCAGGUGUUUGCUCUGAAGCCAGUGAAAACUUCUGAUAAAGGUGGCUCCCAGAUCGGUCAGAGCACCCUCCAACUGGUACAGCCCACCACCACUGAGGAGCCCACUACUAAUGUGGCCCUCAACAGUUUAGGUGCCCUUAGCAGUCUGAACCAGAGCAUAUCUCAAGGCCUCCCUCGGUCUUGCCAGAGCAGUGGUCUGCUUACCCCUACAUCAUCAGUUGGUGUUACUGCACCUGCACCUGGAUCUGCACCUGCACUACCUGCUCAGCAGCUGCAGGUUCCGUCGAGGAUAGCUGCCAGCACCUCUAAGCUUUCAGGAAAAAAGCCCCACGUUGUUGUAAACACAAAGAGAGUGGUAGCUAAAAGGACCAAACCUCCCAAAAAGAAAGAGCUCAGGACUGCACAACCAAUUCCUCUCAAAAAAUCUUCUAAUGCUACUGCUAAAGAGAGCCAGGCAGUUCAAGAUAAAGCAUCUCAAGUUUUACAGUCCUCAGCAAACGUUCCACCAAUGGACACCACAAUUACAGAUUCGCAAGAUGCUGUAAGCUGUGCAGCAUUGGGUCAGGACACACAGCAAAUGAUCGUGUGCAGUUCAUCCAGCAACUCUGUUGCAUUUUGUCCGAUGCAGGAUAAAAGCUCUGUCUGUGCAUCUCAGAGUAACUCGGCUGCACCAAAGGUCGUCUGUGAAACGCCCAUCAAGCCAUCAAAUGGCUCAGCUUUAGCAGUCAAGAAUAAAAUUACUCUAGUUUCUAACAGCAGCUCUGCUGUAACCAAACCUUUGGUGUCCGAGGUUAAACAGGUAACUGUUACUACUACAACUACCAUAAUGCAAAGCCUGCCAGCUGCUGCUUCUUCUGUUGCUAAACAAAAUAAACCCACAGUCACCUCUGCAGUUUCCAGUGACCCUCAUGUAACUUCUGCUUCUGAUUCUAGUUUGUGUUUGCCCCCAAACUGUAUUCAGUCUACUGCAUCAGUGACUCAGAAUACCAACACAGUGCAACCUACUGUUCCCCAGAAAUCAAAGAUCCAAGAUCAACCAUCUUCUUCUCAGCCCACCACUUCAUCUUCUUCUCAGCCCACCACUUCAUCCUCUUCACCCACCACACCUGUCAUCUCAUCACCUAUACCCACUGAUUCGGCCCCAGCCGCCUCUAUUACAGUUUCCACAUCAACUAUAGAAAUUAAGAAAAAGGCUAGUACUGCAAGAGCUCCUUCACAACAUACUGACAUGAACAUUCCCCCACCUUCCUUGUGUCGAACUGCAGAAGUCAAACCAACUCAGACAACGAGGAUUGACAGGGAUGCUCUGGAGGAGAGACCUUCCACAGCAGCAAGAAAAGAAGGAUUGAUUGGGGUGAUGUCUGAAGCUCCCUUAAAGAAGGACUUUGCAGUGUCUCAACAAGUUUACACAAACCUGGAUGACCAGUCAAUAGAGCAGAAUAUGACUUCCAACAGGCAGACUGAUUCUCCAAUGACCACAGGGGGAGCUGGUGGGAGAGGAUUCUCUGUCGCAUCGAUGCUUCCUCAAGGCCAUAGCAUCGGUGUGUCUUCCGGCUCCUUUGGAUCAUUUGCGUUUACAUCCGAACAAGCGGAGAUGCUCGCGUUGGCGAUGCUAGAACAAGACAGCCCAGAGAGAAGAAGUGGAGGAUGCUCAGGGGACAACACUGCUUCAGCUACAUGGGACUCCCCCAAAACCCCACCAGUGUCUUCCAGCAGAGACAGAGGCUCAGCUGGGCAGCCGGGCAAGAUAACCAAACUGAUGGACCAAGGUGCGUCUAAACACCAUGAUGUGUCUGUGAGUGGGCCAAACAGACAUCUUCAAAAUAUUGCUUGCUCAAAAUCUCAACCUCUCCCUCCAGGACAGUCUCAGAGUUCAACCCAAGGUGGGACAGCCGCUAGCCUCAGUGUUAACAAUCUGAUCAGAUCCAGCUCCAAUCACCAACCCUAUCCCAGUUCUCCCAGUCUGACCGCCCAACAGGGGUCAGCUCCUUCUCCAGCCGGGACAUCUACUCAUAUGUCUCAACCCUCAAGCAACGCCAUCUCAACCUGUUCAGGCACUGCCCACGUAGCAGAGUACGCCACCUUGAAAAAUAAUGCUAUAAGAGGCCCACCUGGAAGUGUGGUAGGUGAGCGACAUGGGAAGAUCAUCUCCAAAAGACAAGCCCCAGAAGAAGCGAUGUUAAAUGCAGGAAAACGACCAAAGCCUUGCCCUCCGCCGGGUAACGCAGUGGGCCAUAUGGAUGUGAAAGCACCAGACCACAGUCAGAUGAUGCUGGGACAGUUGCCGUCCACCUCUGCAGCUGUAAUGACUAGGAUUAAUUCAGAAAAUGGAGGCCCUCUUUUCUCAUCAAACUCCUUCAUGAGCCCAGUCGUGCGCCCCAUUGAUGGUCACUGCCCCGUUCAAGGUCCUCCUGAGCAGAACCAGUCAGGCGGGCUUCAUCUGCCACAGGGUCACCCGCAGCAUCCUGUUAGCCAGCCCAGUCAGCAUCUGGGAGGGAACCUUUACAUGAAACAGCAGCAACAAGAGCAGCAGAGACACCAUUUAUAUCAUCUGCAGCACCACCUGACUCAAUCUGACCCUGCACAGCGCCACUCGCUACACCAGAGGGCGCUGCAGGAGCAGCAGCAGCAACAACAACAACAGCAGCAACAGCAGCAGCAUGUCCAGAAGAAGCGAGGAAUCGUCAGAGGGAAUCAAACUGGCUCACCUGCUGGCUUGCAGCAGAAGCAGCAACAUCACCUGGAAAAGUCUGGAAUUCAUCAGCAUUCCCAUCAGCAGCAGUCACAGCAUCCACAGCAGUCCCACCAACAGCCUCAACAGCAUCAACAACCAACACAGCACCAAGCGUCUCAUCCACAACACCAACAACAGCAGCAGGGGCACCAGCAGCCUCCCCAGACUCAGCAUCAACAGCAGCUACAGCAGCAGCAGAACUCUCAUCCCAGACAUCCUCAGCAUUUACAGCAACAGAUUCAACAGCAGCACUUUAGGCAUCAGGACAAGACAUGCGAGGCCCAGUCAGUGGGAUCCAGGGCCCAUCACAACAGCCACCUGGCUCAGCAGGACCACCUCAAGUCUGGUCAGGACCAUAAUGCUAUGCAGAGGAUGAUGAGCUCUAGAAGCUUGGAGCAGCAGCUCAUCUCUCCUCCCACCAACACGGUGUCGCGUUCAUCUGAGCUGGCCUGUGCUCCGUCUCGACAGGAGCGUCACCGCGUGUCGAACUACUCUGCAGAGGCGCUCAUCGGUAAAAGCUCCACUAGCGGGGAUCAGCAGCAACGCAUGGCUCUCCAUCUCCAGCCCAGUCGUGGUGCCACCCAAGAGCAACCAGACCUCCGCAGCUACCUGGACACAUCGCGAGGGAAGGCUGGCAUUGUUCACAACCCUCAGAACCGCCUUUCAUCUGACCAUUCUACAUCCGCUGACCAACGUAUAUCUGAGUGUCAGUCCUUCAAGGCGAUGGCUGGUGGAGGGGGAACGCAUCAGCUCGGCAGUUUUGAAGCUCAGGUCUCUCGUGGGAGUGACAUGGCCCCCAAGUCGGUACCCCCCUCUCAGCGGGGCCCUCAGGGACAGCAGCAGGGAGGAUUCAGGAUGAGCGUCGGCCCCACUGCAGACGUAAGAAAUCGUGGCAGCUACAGUGGACCCCAUCCCGGCCCUCAGGGAGUCCAAGUUGGUCCUGCGCUGCCUCGGGAACAGGAAGGCUGCCACCAGAGUUUCAUGCAAAGCCUCCUCUCUCCACACCUUCCUGAGCAGAGCAACCAUCAGCGAGCAGUUCAGUGUUGUCCCCCAGUGACCAUGGAGUACAGCUGCAUGCCUGGAAGUUCAUCAGGAGACAUCCAGGCCAAAGCCUCCAGUCCGAGCGUGCCUCAGUCCCAGAAGGCCCCAGCUAUGCGACUCACAGAGGCCAACAAAGGCCACAUUUCUCAGGUCAGCAGUAAUAUGCACGUAGGACCAGGCGUCCGAGCAGGUCUGCCCCACCCUCCGACCCCCCAUAGCAGCUCUGAGCCCGGCCGCUCCUCUGCCAUCCCCAGACCUCCCGUUGCCAUCAGCCAGCAUUCCCGACAUAUGCCCAGAGACGCUCAUCCCGUCAAACUGAGACAUCGAUCGGGAGCGCAGAGACCCACCAACCCUUUUGAGGCCGAGGGCCAUCUACCUCUGCCCUCAGGGGGAGGGGUCCUGCUGGGCCGGACUCAGCCUGGAGGAGAGAACCGCCGCACCACCAUUGUGCGCUUGAUGGCAGACAGCGCACAGGUUCCCAGUGACAACAAUCUUGUUUCUGACCAACACCUGGCUCAGAACUUUGGGUUCCCCUUUAUUUCAGAGGGAGGGAUGAACCCUCCUCCCCCGAUUAAUGCAAACUCUACAUUUAUCCCUCCAGUGAGCCAACCCAGCACCUCCCGCACACCGUCCCUCCUCCCAGUGGAGCCCCAGAACACUUUACCCUCCUUUUACCCCUCUUACUCCCCAGCUGCCCAUCCCAGCCUCCCCGGUGAUGUCGCCCUCCAGUACUUUCCCAACCAAAUGUUUACAAGCCCGAGCGCCGACAAGGCCAGCGCCCCUCCUCUCAACAACAGAUUCAGCUCCAUCCUCUCCCCGACGCGGCCAGUGGGGUUCGGUCAGGCCAGUUUCCCUUUGCUUCCGGAUAUGCCUCCUAUGCCAUCGUCUGGAAUCACCCCUCACAUCUCCAACUUCAGCCUCACCUCGCUGUUCCCCGAAAUCGCCACCGGCAUGCCCUCGGAUGGCUCAUCCAUGCAGAUGUCCCCUCUGUUGUCCCUGACCAACACAUCAUCAGCUGACUCUAGCAAGCAACCCAAUCGUCCGGCCCACAACAUCAGCCACAUCCUGGGCCAUGAUGGCAGUUCAGCUGUGUGAUGAGAUUCAGUUUAAUGCCUUUUUGGAUUGUUGUUCAAGAGCAAACAAUUGCAUUUUCUGUUUGAAAUGUGUAGUUUGUUUCAAUGUUAAAGAAGUGAUGAAGCACUUGAUGUGAGGGGAUUUGUUUACAUGUCCACUCAGUUUCAGUUUUGUUUUGUUUUUCUCUCUUUUUGACAUGCCUAAUGUCAGAGUAAUCAUUUAAAAUUUCCAUAAGGCUUUUGAAUUUUAUGGAAAUAAGUCCUGAAUGCUCCUUUUCGAAAUGUUGGUUAAACUGGUUCUGAAGAAAAUAUAAAAGUUUAGAACUUGAAUUCCGGGUCAAAAGGAAACCUUCUGCACAGUUACUAAUUUAAUUUACUAACUUAUCAGGUUGUACUGUACAGAUUUUUCGAAGAGCUAUUUUGUAAAUACCAAUAUUUCAUAUCAAAGUUGCUAGAUUAUGUAUUUGUAAAUACAAAAUUAAUAAAAUUUAUAAGGAUAACAUUG